UACAGCAGCCUCCGCAGCGCCCCAAUACAACAGCUUCGCAGCGCCCACCGACGCGCCGCCGGGACCCCAGCGCGCGAGCGAUCAGCUCCCGCAUCGUGCUGGAGGCGGGCAGCCCACGAAAAACGCGAUCGCACGCGGCGGAGGCAGCCUCCGCCAGCGACCCCACCAACGCCGCCGAGGCAGCCACGCCCCCACCCAGCGACCAUGGCCGUCACCCCGACGUCCCCGGACGUUCUUCGUGAUCGCCUCAAGGAACAAGACGGGCGACCCCUGACCAUCGAGGAGAAGCGCCACCACGUCAAGAGCGACGUCGCCGACCGCUGCUCCAUGGAGGGCGGCGCCUGGGGCGUCGCGAACCUUAGCAACCGCAACAUGACGACGAACAAGGACGGCAAGCACUUCGGCUUCCCGCGGAACGUCGAGGCGGCCGUCUUCUCCCUGUGUAUCGUGGCGGCUUGUACGGUCUCCAUGCUCCACCUCCACCACGUCAUCCUGAAGCGGGACACGAAGAGCGCGCGGUGCGCGACGUGCCACGACUGGGCCGACUCCAUCUUCGCCUCGACGGGCGUCGCGGCGGCGUGCUACCUCGUCUUCACUUUGACAAUAGCCCAUCUCCUCGUCAGCCCGCACAAGUCGCGCUGGGGCUUUCCCAUGAAGGGCAGUGGCUUCGUCCACAAUUCGUGUAAUGCCUACCGCAGCGCGCCGCACGAGUUCUUCCAGUUCCUCGUAUCCCUGCUGGGGGUGGUCACUUUUAUCUGGGGCCUGGAAAUGAUCGCGUUCGUCGACGCGCCUGGCGACGACCUGCACAUGCACUACAUCAUCGGGGGCCACAAGCACGCGACGCGCGCAAAUCCUUAUUCGGAAGAUAAUCCCCUGGGCGUGCCCGGCGAUAAGAAGCUCCGAGCCUUCCACACGAUGGAGCUGUUGACACUCUGGUCGGUCGCGUUCAACGGCAUGCUCGGGACAUUGGUGAGGCUGGCCAUGCCGACGACGAUGUACGUGCGGCCGUUGUGGGUGGGGGUGGAUUGUGUGGAGGUCGGGACUUGUGCUGCUAUUAGUUUGGCUCGAAUUCUGGAGGCUCGGGGGUAUGCCGGCUGGAAAAUAGGAGGCUACUCCAUCUACAUCCUGGGGGGGCUCUUCCGCUUCGUGAGACUUUUAAGGUUUGAGCGCUUCUGCGUCAUGCGCUACGGCGAGAACGGCGCGCCGGGUUUCCUGAAACAAUACAUCAACGGGCCGCUCGUCCGGUUCUACAUGCUCAUCCUGAAGGUCGGGUCGACGAUCUGCGCGGCCGCGGCGAUCGUGUGCAUGGCCGAGUAUCCUUGCGUGGAGCGCUCGGAGAAGCUGGAAGAUGACCUGCAGCUCGCGGACUGCAACGCGCGGUUCCGCCACUACCAGGACUGCGUCUACUUUCUGAUCGUGACGUUCAGCACGGUGGGUUAUGGGGAUAUGUACCCGGCGACGCGCCUCGGGAAGGGCGUCGUCGUCUUCGUUUUACUUUUUGUGCUCUGCUUCCUGCCGUCGCUGCUCUCGGACAUCGCGGAGCUGAGCGACGGCGACGACACGAGCGCCGAAGAGCAGCAGAUCAACGCCGUGGCCGCGCUCCACGAGGCCGUGCUGGAUUUGCACGAGGACGUCGAGCAUCUGGCCGCGGGCUUCGAGGCGCUCGGCGCCCUCGCGGGCCGCGGCGAGGCGAAGCAGGUCGCGUCUCAUCUGGGCGCGGUCCAGGAGCGCCAGGACCACGACGCGAAGAUGCGCCACGAGGUCCUCAUGGCGGCGCUGCGCAAGGUCGAGCGCCGCCUCGCGGACGGCGGCGACGGCGGCCGGCGGCGGCCCGACGUCGUCGAGGAGGAC